AUGACCUACAAAGAAACCCUCCGCGCCAUAACCCGACACAAUGUGCACACCCUCCGCACCUCGCCCCUAGCAGAACUCUCCGGCUCCCUCGGCGACCUAGGAACGCUCCUCCCACUCAUGAUCGCCAUGACGCUCAACGACUCCAUCAACCUAGGCAGCACGCUCGUCUUCUCCGGGCUCGCGAACAUCUUCACGGGCGUGUUCUUCGGCGUCCCGCUCCCGGUGCAACCCAUGAAAGCCAUCGCGGCCGUCGCCAUCAGCCAGAGGUUCAGCAGGGAGGAGACGGCCGCGGCGGGGCUGACGAUGGGCGUUGCGGUGUUGGUGCUCUCCGCGACGGGGUUGUUGAGGUGGUUGCAUCGGGUUGUGCCUGUGCCUGUCGUUAAGGGGAUUCAGGUCGGUGCGGGACUGAGUCUGGUGAUUAGUGGUGGCGCGAGUAUGAUCAAGCCUCUGGGGUGGGCGACGCCGGUGUGGGAUAAUCGGAUCUGGGCGAUGGGGGCGUUUGUCUUUCUUUUGGUUGCGGUGCUGGCGCCCAGGAUCCCUUAUGCGUUGAUUGUGUUCAUCGUUGGGCUUAUCAUCGCGGCUGCAACGAUGCCUGCUUCGGACGAUGGACAUGGUUUCGCGGCGGGGAUCUGGCAUCCAUCCCCCUUUGUACCCUCUGGCAAGGCGUGGAGAGUCGGCGCCAUCGACGCUGCGAUUCCACAGUUACCUUUGACGACCCUGAACAGCGUCCUGGCUGUCGUAUCGCUCUGCGGCAGCCUCUUCCCAACAUUCCCCCCAACGCCCAGCACGACAUCCAUAGGAUUCUCCGUGGCCCUCGCAAACCUGAUCGGCUGCUGGUUCGGCGCGAUGCCCGUCUGCCACGGCUCCGGAGGCCUCGCAGGCCAAUACCGCUUCGGCGCACGGAGCGGCUCCAGCGUCAUCAUUCUCGGCCUGGUCAAAUUCAUCUUGGGACUGUUCGUCGGCGAAGCGAUAAUUCCACUUUUACGAAGCUUCCCGCAAGGCCUCUUGGGGAUGAUGGUCCUCGCUGCGGGAGUCGAGCUGAGUAAAGUCGGACAGAGCGUCGCCGAGGCUCGCGAUUUGUGGGAGCAGGCGGAGGAUGAUAAUGAGAAUGGACGGAGGGGGUUGAGCAAGGCGACGGAGCAGGAGAGUAGGGAUAGAUGGAUGGUUAUGUUGAUUACUGUUGCGGGCUGCCUUGCCUUCAAGAAUGAUGCAGUGGGCUUCAUUGCAGGUCUGGUCUGGCAUUGGGGUUUGAGGGUGCCAGAGCUUGUGGAGCGUAUCAGACACGGUCACGGAUCGGUGAGGUUGAGACAGGAUAAUCCUGAGCAAGGGGAGACCCUCCUGGGAGUCAAUCAUGAUGGCCCUGAGAGUCGGACAGUCUGA